CUAAAAGGUACCAUACCAAGUCAAAGAGGGGAAAGAGGAAGAGAUAGAGCAGGCAACCAUGGGGUUUGGAGCAGUAGAGGCGCUGUGGAGAAUAGGAUGGGGAGCGGUUGGCGUGCUGUUACUGCUAUGGGCUUGGAGAGGGUUGGAGUGGCUUUGGUGGAGACCAAGGACGCUGGAGAGAGCGCUCCGGGCCCAAGGGCUGAGGGGCACCCGGUACCGCUUCCUCUACGGGGACCUCAAGGAGAACGCCCGGCUCAUCAAGGAGGCCCGGGCCAAACUCAUGCCUUUGUCUCACGACAUCGUCCCUCGGGUCGCUCCCUUGUUGCAUCGUGUCAUGAAGGAAAACGGUAAAAUUUCUAUUACUUGGUUUGGACCUGUACCGAGAGUAACUAUUAUGAAUCCCGAGUCAGUAAGGGAAGUUUUGUCCAACAAGUUUGGCCACUUUGGGAAACAAAAACUAAGCCCUCUUGGACGGUUGUUAGCCACGGGACUUGUAAGUUAUGAAGGUGAAAAAUGGGCCAAACAUAGAAGGAUUUUAAAUCCUGCUUUCCAUAUGGAGAGGUUGAAGCGCAUGCUGCCAGCAUUUUCUGCUUGUUGUCGUGAAUUGGUUGACAGAUGGGAGAAAUCAAUUGAUUCUUUAGGAUAUUAUGAAUUAGAUGUUUGGCCUGAGCUCCAGAAUUUUACUGGAGAUGUCAUCUCCCGAACAGCAUUUGGUUGCAGCUACGAGGAAGGAAGACAGAUUUUCCAACUUCAAGCAGAGCAAGCUGAACUAUUUAUUCAGGCAGCUCAGUCUGUGUACAUUCCAGGUUACAGGUUUCUGCCUACCCCAAUGAACAACAGAAGAAAAGAAAUUGAUAGAGAGGUUCGAGCACUCCUAAGAGGCAUAAUUGAGAAGAGGGACCAGGCUAUAAAAAUGGGCAAAGCUAGUAAUGAUGACUUAUUGGGCUUGAUGAUGGAAUCUAAUUUGAAACACUUCCAAGAACAUGGGAACUUCAAGAACACUGUGAUGACCACCGAUGAGGUGAUUGAAGAGUGUAAACUUUUCUACUUUGCAGGGCAGGAGACAACAUCUGUGUUGCUUACAUGGACAAUGGUUGUCUUGAGCAUGCACCCAAUCUGGCAGCUUCGUGCAAGAGAAGAGGUUUUAGAAUUCUUUGGGAAAAACAAACCAGAUUUUGAUGGCUUGAGCCGCUUAAAAAUUGUGACUAUGGUUCUGUAUGAAGUUCUCAGGUUGUACCCGCCUUUAAUUCUACUCACCCGCAGAACAUACAAAACAAUGAAACUUGGAGAUAUCACCUACCCGCCAGGUGUAUUACUAUCAUUGCCUGUGAUCUUCAUUCACCAUGACCCAGAAUUCUGGGGCAAAGAUGCCAGUGAGUUCAAUCCAGAGAGAUUUGUAGAAGGCGUUUCAAAGGCAUCAAAGGAUCAGAUGGCCUUUUUUCCAUUUGGUUGGGGUCCUCGGACCUGUAUUGGGCAGAACUUCGCAUUGCUGGAAGCUAAGAUGGGACUAAGCAUGAUUCUUCAGCAUUUCUCAUUUGAGCUUUCACCAACCUAUGUCCAUUCUCCGUGCACCGUUAUAACUCUCCAACCCCAGCAUGGUGCUCAAAUUAGGUUGCAUAGACUCUGA